GAAGCUAAGCUAUAGAGGCGCGAUAGGUUAUAUUGUCGACAAAAGAGCAAGGUUGGGGUAUGAUGGAAAUCAGAACAAAUGUUUUGCUUAUUUUAUCAUGACUUACAAGUGAAACGAAGAUUCUUAUCUUGAUCUUUUAGCAGAGGAUAUUAAAAAUCUGCUUCAUUCUGAAGCACAUUAUUGGUGGGGUCUUCGUGUAUAGGGGUUGAUAAUCGAGUACCUGGAUUACUUAAGGAUCGUGUAAGUUUACUUUCUGAAUUGAUAUUUCUCCCAUAUGUCUGAGUUACAAGAAAUUCAAUCUAGGAUAAUCUUUAAGACACUCUAGAACUUAGGCACAAGAACUAGAGUCAAACUAGUGAGUAUAUGGAUUGUUUUCUUAAUUUGAAUGCCACAAGUGAUUAAGAUAUGUUGUAUAUCUUCCAUCACCCUUCUCUGUACGAAAUAUGGUGAUAUAUAUCCAUAUUACUCAUUUGCGUUAGUUACAACACAUUUGAGAAUAAUCGUGGCAGUUUUUGGAGAACUGCACGAAACUGCCCAACUGCUCUAGACCUCAGUCUAGAACCACAAAGUUGGUCUAUUGAGUAUUCUACCUAGAGAGUUUCACUGUCGUAGACACUUUGGAAUAAAAUUCGUUCUUAUAUAAAAGUGUGCACUCCACGCCUACUAGAUAGCUUAUAUUAGAACACAGUUCUAAUCCUCAUCGGCACUAAUGUCAUUUCCAAUUAUACAAAAUGUUCGAUGACACUAAAAUCGAUCACCAACAAUUAUUUGGUUCUUAUCAUGACUUACAAGCGAGUUGCUCAUACUUUGGUUGGGGCAGCUCUUUCAAAGACAGAUGGUAGUUCAGUUUUUCAUUCGGAGCCUAGUUGUAUUUUGAGCUAUCUAGCGAAUUUUGGAAGCUAGAGUUUGGCGUUUUGCUUUAAAAAAUGUACUAAAACUAAGUGACGAAUAUAAGAUUUUCACUCGUAUAGUAAAUUUCUAAUUUAAUUCAAUAAAUAUAUGAUAUAUAUGUUUGUGUGUAUUUUACUAUUAUCUAAAUUUUAUCCGAUCUAUUUAAAUUUAGUCUAAUCUGAUUUUAUUGAAUAUGAAAUAACCUGAUCUAGUCAAUGAAAAUAAGUAAAAGAAACAAUGACACAAAUAAUACCAUGUAUUUUUUAAUUGAUAAAGAGGACCAUGUCUUAAGUUGGACAAAAAAGAGACUACGUAUUAAUAAAUUGACUAGAGUGCCCUUAGUAUCAAUAAUCCUAACUGUCCAACUCUCCCACCCCUUUCGCCUAGUGGUGUACCUCGUUCGGAACCGUGUUCGGCACUGUUUAGGAUCGGACCGGGUCCAUAUUUCCAGUUCAGGUUCAAGACCGGAUACCUGACUAGGUAACCGAUAGGUCUAGUCCCGGGUUUGAAUUUUGAGGACGGGACCAGGAGGGUCGGGUCCUGUUCCGAGCAAUUUUCAUUUUUGUCCUUGCUUGGGAGGGUUUGGGCCAACCUGGCCAGGGGUAAGGCAGACGGUAGAGAAGGGGGGAUUCGUAGGUCGGGUGCAAAAUAUCUAUUCCUCUUUCUCUUUGAACAUGUUAUGUGUUUGAGAGUGAGUUGCAGGGAAAAUUCCUUUGUGCAGAGGGGUCAUGGUUGCGGUGGGUCACUAGGACGACGAGUCUCAAGGCAGCAGGUCACUGGGUCUGCAGUCGCAGAGUAGUGGUCAUUGGAGCAAUGGGGAUUGAUUGAAACAGAUUGGAAGAGUAAUUAAUUACCUGAUAUAAAUAAUUCGGCUAGUAGCCCUAAAUGGAACUAAAAGUAGUGCUAAAUUUCAAAUUAGGAAUAUAUGAGUAAUAUAUGUCUCUCUUCUUAUUCUACCUCCUUCCAAUAAUUUUUAUUAGAUUUAUUUAUGAGUAUAAAAAUCAUUAUUUUAUUUAUUAUAAAAAAUAAAAAUCAUAAAGAAGAAAUUCCACUUAUGAUCUUUCGAGUUUUGCACCAAUUUCACAAUUCGUUCUCGUCUUUCAUUUUAUCCAUUUUUUGUACCUGACUAUUGUUUUCUUGACCAUAUAUAAUCCUUUUCCGAUAGUAAAAAUGCUCAUAAAUGGACCACAAAUGGUCAAGAAAACAAUAGUUAGGUACCAAAAGUGGAUAAAGUGAAAGAUGAUGAUUAAAUAUGGAAACGAUACAAAACUCAGAGGACCUAAAGUGGAAUUAAUUCAAAUCAUAAAAAUAUUUAUAAAUUAAUAAUAAAUUAGGGAAAAAAUAAAAUCGAAUUAAAAAAUAAAAAUAAAAAUACAAAAAAAAUAAAAUUUAAAAUGUUUAAAAAACUUAUAAAAAUCUAAAAAUGUAUAAUAAAAUACCUAAAAAAUAUUUAGAAACAUGUAGGCCACUACCUCCGCAUCCCUCCACCUCCCAGCACCACCAGCUCCGACCACACCAAAAAUGCAGUCUUAUGUAGAAAAUGUCAUAUUUCUCUUGAAAAUGUCAUGUAGAUGACAUUUUCGUCUUUGAAAAUAUGCAGGUUUCUUUUGAAAAUUGCCAUCACGUUGACAUUUUUUCAACUUGGCAUCCUUUUCCUGUGACCGGAGGUGCCGGUGCAAUACUUUUUAUUUAUUUAUUACGUUUUUUAUUUUUUUUUAUUUUUUUAUGUUUUAUUAUUAUUACUUAAGAAAUCAUAUUAAGAAUGACAAGGGAAAGGGUAGAAUAGGAAGAGUUUGUCAAAUUUUGGAAAUUUAAACUUUAACUCCUAUUGUUGCAACUUUGCUUUUCUAGUCUUAUUUAGGAAAAACUCCCUAAACAAUUUUGUAUUUGAGUUUGAUUUAUGAAGUGUUCAAGAUUGCUUCUACUUUAUAAAUUAUUUUUAAAGUGGUAAUUAGUACAAGUUGUUAGUGUUUUGUAAAAAACAUAUUUGUUUAAUAAAAAAAUGAAAAAUAAUUUAAGCAUCCUUCCAUCUACUUGUAGUUAAAACGAAAAUUUAACUAUAUGAAGCAAACCAUAGAAAAUUGCUUUUUAGCGGUUGCAAACACUCCUUUUAAACCGGUUCGAUUUAAAAUUGUCACAAUUAAUAAUAUAUUAAGAUUUUUAUUAAAUGUCUUAGUUGGACAUAGUGCGCUAUUAGUCGUCCUAAUAGAAAGGAUAUCUACAAGGUUGUGUGGCAUUGACCCCCACAGGGGAGGGUGUCAUGUUUCUUGUGCAAUUAUUCCUCGACAAUGAACAAAGCAUGUGAACCAUGAAGCAUACCCAAUCACAUUGUGGGACACCAAUCAUCAAUCAUUACAUUACAUUAUCACCAACUUAAUAAUAAAUGAAACUAUUGUAUCAUCCGCCACUAGAAUUUUAUCCUAUUAAGGAAAGAAAUUAAUAAUAAUAAAUUAUCCCCUAUCUAUAGCACAAACAAAUAUCUAGCACAGUCAUACAUCACCGUCCAAACAUCUCAUCUAAAUAUAAUUUAGAUACGGAGUAUUAUAAAAUGAAGAAAGCAAAUCUUUAAACGAGGAUAAAAACAAUAUGAUAUUUUGGAAUAUGAGUGUUAUUCUACCCCGUCCUAAAAAAAGAUUUUUAAAGAUCUUUAGAUCGGGAUUAAAAAAAAUGAUAUUUAGAUAUGAGUGCUAUAAUUCUUCCAUAGCCUUAAUUAGAGUGUGCUAUAAAUAUUAAAUAUUAGAAAAAAUUAUCCAUAAUAGGACUAAAACUUACUUAAAAAGUCAUAAUAGGACUUACUAUGUUUUAUUCCCCUAAUAGGAGUUAUACGGUUCUAUAUGUAUGUUUAACGCUAUAAGCAAUAUCCAAAAUACUCCUGCCUAUGUUUGCCAUUAAGCCGCAGGUGUUACCGGCUAUUUUCGGUAAUUGAUGUGUGAAAGCAUUUAAGAGUUUCCGUUAGUUUCCCUCUUUGAUCGAGAUUCUUUCCAAAAAAUUAGUUUCCUAAAUCAGUUGGGAAUUCAGUUGACGUACUCUGCUUUUGCGCGACAUUCUUCUUCUUCGGCCAUCAUUGCUACAGUUGGAUUUGUUUGAGUUGUUCGUUCUUCUCCUCUGCAUUCAUCUUCUUCCACCAUUGUUCGUUCAUUUGCAGAGUAUGUUCGCCCAAACUUUCCUGUAUCGUCCUUCUUCACCAAUCAUGGUUAAAUUUAUGUUGCAAUUGCUUGCAUUUUGCUUCUAGAAUAUGUCAAUUCCUCAGUUGUACAUAUGUCGUUCUGCAAUCAUCAAUCUGUUUUAUUCCUCUAUAUUUUGCUUCUACAAUAUUAGCAAAAAAAUUCAUAGUUUUUAUAAUCAAUUUCAAAUUCAUUAUUGUUAAUAAUUUAGCUCGUUUGCUUUUCAUGAACUCUAUCAAUGCUUUUAUUUCAUAAAAUUUCUUCGUAUGUUGCUAUUUCUGCGUUUAAUGUUGGUGUUUAAAUUGUGUCUUGAAGUACUAGAUUAGGUUCUUCAAAACUGGCUCUUUUGUAUUUCUAACUGUCAUUUUGUAUUGUUUGCUGAUUUGCCAUUUUGUGUGGUAAAUAUUAUUUAUACAUCCUUAUAGACUGUCACAUAUUCACGCAAACUGUCAUUUUAGUAUAACAAACUUUCUUCUUUCAUGCUUCUAUUAUACUGAAAUAUUUGUUUUUCCUUCAAUUUUUUAGAAACCUUUUUGCACAAUGGAUCUUGUUUUACUUGUUAUGGUCAAGGUGGAUGGUUUUUGGGAUUCUGACUAUGUGUUCACCAAUGUGCACACAUGUGGGCUUCAUGUUAACUAUGGUGUUCAAUAUGCUUGUUUUGUUGAUAUGUUGAUUGUCAUCCUUUCUCAGUACAAACCUAAUCAUAAUUUCAGGCUUUCUUAUAUGCGAGAUGGAUUCCCUCCUCCUGUAACUAUAAAUGAUCAAUCUACCUUAACAUUUUAUCUUUAUAUCAAGUCUCUUCAACCAGAUUUUCUAAAGUAUCCACUUUGUGUUGAGUUUUAUCCUAUCUUUUUUUCAUAUCCAUCUUUUGUUGGUGUUGAACCUUCUGCUUUUCCUUCACCUAAAAAUGUUGUCAUUUCUUCAACUCAUUCGCUUUCUGUUGAUGAGAAUGUUUUUGUUGUUUCUUCCCAACAACAUGCCUCCUCACCUGCACUCUCUUUUGAGCAUAGCUCAUCUUUUUGCACUGAAAAUGUUAACAUCUCUGGUAGACACUCUCAAGAUGUUGCUUCUUGUAGUAACACUGUGUCUAGAGCUGUAGAAAUUGAAACAUCUGAAGACAGUGAUGAAGGCAUCCAUGACAUGUCAGAUGGCUUAGUAAUAGAAUCAUCUCAUUCACUGUCAUUUCUCCACAAUUUUGAAGUCAUCACACAGUCCCAUCCUACUUGUCUUGUUCUAUAUGCUAUUUACAAAAGUAAAACAUACCUUAUCCACCAUCUGAAGAUGUAUGCUAUCACAAACCACUUUCAAUACAGAACAAAGACCUCUAGGAAAAUAUCUUUACAUGUUAUUUGCUUAGAUCCUAAAUGUCGUUGGACUGUUCGAGCUGUAAGACUACGUGGCGUAGAAAUGUUUCAAAUCAGAAGGUAACUUCUAAUUUCAUUCUUUUUGUUUGACUUCAUUGUUAAUUCUUGUUUAUCAGAAUGCCAUGUAUUGGUGACAUUCUUAGCCAAGAAUGCCAAAUGUAUAUUACUCACUUGUAUAAAAAUGCCAUUGUUUUGUCGUUUUAGAUUUUGUCCAAAACACACAUGCUCUAUUGAUUAUAGACAAGGAAAACAUAAACAGGCAACUGCUACUGUGAUAGCAAAACUUAUUGCACACAAAUACCUUGAUGCUUCCAUUAAACCGUACCCACCAAAACAAAUUCGUGAAGACAUGAGUAUGCAGUAUGGAAUUUCCAUGUCAUACAAAAAAUCUUGGAAAGCACAGAAGAAAGCAAUGCAGCUGCAAUUUGGUUCUGAUCUUCAAUCCUAUCAGGUUUUGCCUUCUAUGGCUUAUGUGCUUGAGAAGGCGAAUCCUGGAUCUAUGUUUGAUCUAGUCACAGGGAAGGAUGAUGCAUUUUGUACCUUUUUUAUGUCAUUCAGCACAUGGAUAGAAGCUUGGCCUUACUGUAGACCUGUUCUUAUACUGGAUGGUUCAUUCCUCAAGGCUUACUAUAAAGGCACUCUUCUUACAUCUUUUUGUCAAGAUGCCAAUGAUCACAUAGUUCCUAUUGCAUUUGGUAUUUGUGAGUCUGAAACAAAAUCUUCUUGGAAAUGGUUUUUAUCCAAAGUCUGUCAGUCAAUACAGUACAGACAUGACCUUUAUGUAGUAUCUGAUAGACAUAAAGGUCUUAUAAAGGCUGUUUUUGAAAUCUUGCCACAUGCUAGCCAUGAUUUUUGUGUUGCUCAUCUGCGUCGUAACAUGACACACAAAUUUAGAGGAUCUGCAGCUAGUUUGGGAUGGAAGUUCAAAGCUGCCUAUAUGGCAGCAACUGUUAAAGAAUAUGAUGACUACUUAAUCCAUGUUGGAUUCUGAAAACUCCAGGAUAAGGACGUGGCUAGACAAAAUAGGUGCUAACACAUGGUCAAAAGUAAUGUCUGGACCAAAGAGAUAUAAUAUUAUGACCUCCAAUUAUGCUGAGUCUAUGAACAAAGUCAAUGUAUGUGCAAGAGAGUAUUCCGUCUCUAAACUUGCUGAUUUUUUGCGUGAAAGGAUGCAACAAUGGUUCACGGAGGAAAGAAAAAGCUGAGAAAACAAGUACUAUACUCACACGAAAAUGUGAGAAAUGUCUUGUAGCUUUGCAAGCUGAAGCUACACGUAUGAGGGUGAAACCAUCAUGUGCAUAUGAAUUUGAAGUUGUUGAUAGCAGAUGCACGUCCUUUGUGGUCAAUCUCAACUCUAGAAGUUGAACUUAUGGCCACUUUCAACUAGAUCACUUUGUUUGUGUUCAUGUUGUUGCUGCAAUUGCUAUACGCCCACAUCUGUCACGUUAUACUUACAUUUCUACUUUUUACACUAGAGAUGCUUGGCUUGCUACCUGGUCUGGUAUUAUGCAUCCAAUUGUUGAUCGUGACAGUUGGUCUGUUCCUGCUACUAUUCAAAACCAACUAUGCAAGCCACCAACUUGUAUGAAUCGUCCUCCUGGUCGCCCGAAGAAAUCUAGGAUUCCAUCCAUUGGAGAAUAUGGAGGUUCAAAAAGACAAAAAUGAUCUAGAUGUCAUGUGCUUGGGCAUAAUAAGAAAACUUGUAGGAAUCCCAUUCCAAUCAAUACCCAGUGAUACCCAUGGCUAAUUCAUUGUAUUUUGUCUUUUGUUUUUAUACAGUACUUUUAAGAAUUCUUUUAUGUGGUUUGGACGUAGUUAUCAUUUGUUUAAAUGUUCUGCCA